UCUUGCUUCUAGAUGUUAAGAUCAAGGAUAGUCUUGCUUCGUUGUUUGUGAAUCUGGUUGUGAUGCUGCAUUUUUCUUGAUUUAGGUUUGAGGUGGUGAUACUACAUCUUUCUUCUCAAGAAGUGAUGAUAGGCUCAAACCAGAAGAAAAAUUUUGGCUUUCAAAGUGUGAAGGGUUGAGAGCUGAAAGGUGUGCUUUGCAAGGGAGAAGAUGAGUGAAUUUAUAGAGGAGAUUUGAGAGGGGACGGUGCAAGUGGUGCCGACAGUGGAUCGUAAAAUCUCCCUACCUUUCUCGAAACGCUCCUCCAGCUUUGCAAGGUGCGAAAAGUGCGGCGAGAAAUCAGGAAAAGUCAUUGGGUGAAUUCGGAAUUCGAGGAGGUAAAAAAAUGAAAGUUGAAAAAAAGAGGAGACUCGUAAUUCGAGAGCUGUCUGCUAGUGGUAGUGGUGGCCAGGCUUAGAAUGACGUCUAUUAGACCGCAUCUUGUCCACUGAUUAAGUUCUCUUUCCUUCUCUUCAGAUCUUUCGAAUAACAACUUCAUUUCUAUCUUCUCUCCUUCAGGUCCUUUGAGGGAUAUUCUCAUUUCCUUAGUUUUUUCCAAAAAUGGCUUCUUCAUCUUCUCAAAAUAAUUUUGAUCUGAAUGAUGUGCCUGGAGUACUACCAGAAAUCUGGCGUCCAUUAUUCCUAUCUCAAAAAGGUCCUCUUAUGACUAAGGACUCUGUGAUGCUGGAUGAUGCAGUAGCUGCAUCUGUGGCUCAAGGCAUCAUGACUCCUCGAGAUGAAAAGUUGUUGGCAGAUAGGACUGAUGCCCAAGCCAUCAAUGACUCCUUGGCAUUCAGUAUUCAGGGUGCUUCUUCGGUUUCAAAUAUGGCUCGCCGUCUGCAAGUUCGAGGGAAUGAGAUUCAAGCGUUGAAAGCUCAAAUUUUGACUUUACAGCGAAUGUAUAUGGACUUUAGGCGAAGGAAUCGGGUUCUACAGCAAGAAAAUAGAAAGCUGAAGAAGGUGGUAGAUUCCUAUGCGAAUGAUUUGGCAAAGAGGUAUGCCGAGUUAGAGCAGAACACUAAUCGUCUCCAAGGACAACACCAGGAUCUCUUGCGUGCAGUCCAAAAUCUUAGGGUUUUCCGCCCUGAGGUUUAGCCAGGUAUAAGCAUACCGAACUCUCAGGGGAUGAAGCAGAAAAGGUCCUAUUGGCAAGUCUAUGUUUUUCCUUGUAUCAAAAGCAGUCAAUCUUGUAAGACAAUAAUUAUUCUCUACGUACUGUUCUUAUUAUCUAAUAUGUC